AUGGCUUAUCACCACCACAGCAGGGCCGACGGCACCUUUUUCGUCGAGUCGGACGAUACAGCAAUGUCACGGAUGAGUGCCAGGGAAGCUGCCAAGAUUCUUGCAAGAAACAAGAGGGAGGUCAUCGGGAAUGAGCUUUCGCGGCUGGCCGGCGAAGAGUACCUGGAGGAUAUCAUGCAACAUAUGAGACACAUGGAGGACGAGACACUCCCCGAUGCUAGCCUCAUCGACAUGCAAAGAGAGAUCCAAUGGUUCAUGCGUCCGUACCUCAUCGACUUUCUCGUCGAGGCCCAUGCCGCCUUCCAACUGUUGCCUGAGACAUUGUUCCUCACGGUGAACCUCUUGGACCGGUACUGCUCCAAGAGGGUUGUCUACAAGCAACACUACCAGCUUGUCGGCUGUGCUGCUCUGCUAAUCGCUGCCAAGUAUGGUGACAAGAAGGACCGCGUUCCCCAGAUCAACGAGCUGAACAACAUGUGCUGCGGACUUUAUGACGCUGGCAUGUUCACCCAGAUGGAGAUGCAUGUUCUGAACACUCUCGACUGGACCGUUGGUCACCCGACUGUCGACUUCUUCGCCCAACUGAUUGUCGCGGAGGAGAGGGAUGACAAGGAGGUGGAGUAUAUGGCUGCCUACAUUAGCGAGAUCUCGCUGUACUACCGUGACUUCGUCUCGACCAAGCCAUCGACCAUGGCGAGGGCUUCGCUAGCCCUGGCAAGGGCUAUUCUUGGCAGGCAGGAGGUCAAUGAUGGUGAAUGGGACCACGACCAGAACGCCACCCUUGUGACGCUUUCGCAACACGUGCACCAGCCCUCUGUCACCUUGUCCAGGAAGUACGCAUCUACACACUACCUGCAGGUGUCCAACAAGCUGGCGGACUUCCUGGCCCACCAAGCAGCCAUUAACAGGGCUGCUGCGAUGCCCGAGAACCCAGUAACCCCGACCACCAACGAGUCGAUGGCUGCCAAAGCCAACAUUUACAGCACUCCUCAGAAGGGUCUGGGCUCAGUUCCCGGUGUCGCCGAUGGUUAUCUGACCCCACCAAUCACUCCGGACGGACAGUACGGAGCUCCGAACCCGCAUGGCGUGCCUCCCAGGUGCCCAGUCACUCCGACACCGCAACAUCAGCAUCAGCAGCAGCAGCAACAACAUCAACAUCAACAACGCUACUACCCCAACUGCUACCAACAAACGCAACCACCGCAACAGCAGACCUCAAACCACGUCACGUACUUAUAA